UCUGCGCGAUAGGAGAAAUAGUAACGCCGCAGUUUCCUCUUCGAGUCGGAUUUUUGUAAAUGAUUAUUAUUUUUUUAACCAACUUCCUUCCUGCUUUUAACUGCCAACGCCGAGUCAGAGAGGGAUCCCGGACGCAGCCGCUAGCAACCAGCAACCAUGACUGAGAAAGACCCUGAGGUACAUGUGGAAGAAGAUGAAGAUGAGCUAGAUAACAAACUCAACUACAAACCUCCACCUCAGAAGUCGCUUCAGGAACUGCAGGAGCUGGACAAAGACGAUGAAAGCCUUACAAAGUACAAGAAGUCUUUGCUGGGGGAGGCACCCGUGGUUGCAGACCCAACAAUUCCUAAUGUGACUGUCACUCGGCUUACCCUUGUAUGUGACAGUGCUCCAGGACCAAUUACCAUGGACCUCACUGAGGACCUUGAAGCUUUGAAGAAAGAGUUCUUUGUAUUAAAGGAAGGAGCUGAAUACAGAGUCAAGAUCCACUUCAAAGUAAACAAAGAAAUUGUAUCUGGUUUGAAAUAUGUGCAGCACACUUACCGGAAAGGAGUGAAAGUGGACAAGGCUGUAUUCAUGGUGGGCAGCUAUGGGCCGCGGCCAGAAGAGUAUGAAUUCAUGACCCCUCUUGAGGAAGCGCCAAAGGGCCUUGUGGCCCGAGGAAACUACUGCAAUAAGUCUUUCUUCACUGAUGAUGAUAAGCACAACCAUCUCACCUGGGAAUGGAACUUGGCUAUCAAAAAGGAAUGGACAGAAUGAGUUCUAUCUGGUUUUCUCUCUUUGUUUCCUACUGCUGCUUGUGCUAAUUCCAAGUGUGUCAGUUUCUGGCACUUGCAUGCCAUGCUUCUUCCACAUAACCCAACCCUUUUAUUGUCACAAUAAAUUUAGCCAAUACAGGCCAUUGGAUAGACUCUGUCUCUCCUCCUGCUACCUUGAAAAUAAUCACACAAAAAUCAACAGGGACAAAGCAUUUCUCUGGUUGUACAGGAUCAAUUCUUGAAGUGCCUUUGGUCAGAAGAUACACAGUCACCAACCUAAACCACUUGCUAUCAGGGCACGUCAGUUGACUGAAAGAGAAUUGGCUUUGGAAUUUCUCUUUUCUCCUUGCAUUACAUGAAAAGAUCUGUCUAUCAGCGGAUAUUGUCUUGUUUAAAUUUGUUUCCCAAAGCUGCAUUUCGAAGCCUUGUCUUAAGUAAUAUGAGAUACAGUUCCUGACCUGGCCUGUAAAGAUUUCAAUGUCUUUGAAAAUAAAGCCAAUUUUGCCCUUUG